AAAAACAAAAGAGCAGAAUGAUUUUUAUAACCUACCAUAAGUUAAAGUAACAGAGCUGUACUGUUUGUGAAAAAAACAAACAAACACACCACAAGAAAAAGGUGUUUAUUAGUGAUUAUAUCACAACCACAAAUGUCACUGCAAAGCUCACUCAAAUUUGGUAGGCUAAGUGUAACCGUCAGGUUACUAACAGUUAGCAAUUUGAUAAGAGAGCUUUUAAAGCAAAAUUUGGCAGAUAACUGAGUCCAGGAAAAAAAACAACAACUAAAUUUACAGUAACUGAACAGCAGAUCCAUUGGACUACAAAUGUAAAGGGAAACUGGUUGGUGACCAACAGAUAUUAACCAUAUACAGUCUAUGAUAUUAACUGACACUUAACAUGGUAGUUGUAUUAGCAUUAGUAAUCUAAAAUUACUUAUUUUUACUUAUAUAUUUCUUAUAUCCUUGCCGAUGUACCCAAAGUUAACACUAAAGCUAGCUUUAGCUAACAUAACUAUUGUUAGCCUAGCCACCGUAGCAAUCUGAUUAUUAGAAAUUUAGAGCCAACUAACCAAAUAAUACUUGUAUUAUUUUUGACAUAUUUAAUGUAUUAGUAGAACGCUUUACAUCAUAUAAAACUCCACGUCACGGGCAUAGUUAUGGCAUAUUAUUUAUUAUUCACCAAAAAUACUUUGAAUGCGUAACCGGUUGCUAUCAUCGUGGCAUAGGCCGUUUUCUACCGGCAUACCACUCCUGAUCCAGCAGCAUAUAUACACAUAUAUACACUGUCAGUGAAGACAGAAAAAAUAUACAUUUACGGCACAACUUGUUUUGAUUUGAUUUGGUGUGACAGUGGCCUACCACUUUCAAGCGGCACCUGCCGUUAGGAAACGGUAUGUGCCGGUGGAACACGAGCGGCAUACCAUGUACCACGGUACUUAGUACUUACUCAUUUAAGUUACUCAUAAUUCCCCUAUACAACAUGGAAUAAAUGAGAGCGUGGUUUAUGAACACAGGGAUGACAUCAAAACGUCCACCAUGGUCUCUCUGGACCUUACGCGAUAUUGUAGGGCUUUGAGUGUGAGGUACAUCCAUGGAAAGCAAUAUUGGCAUUUCCACAAACGCUCAAGCCUGCUGGCAAACGCAGCUGAUCGACAGUCACAAUCGGUCCUUAUUUUGGUCGUAACAUUAACCAGGAGUUGUUGGGGUUCAACAGCUGCCAGAGAAUCAUUUCAAUGGCUGACAGUGUCAGGUUCUUUCACCCCAGACAGCUGUGCUUCCUCCACUUCUGCCCCCAUGCUGAUAGGAAAUGAACGCCCGCAAAAAACCAUCCAGAAAAUCAUUUUGGACUGCACUAAUUUGGAGGGCAUAUUUUUGGAGAAAAGUGGAAGGAGAACGACCAAACCCAUUUGCAGGCUUAUUAUGGGGUUCUCCUCCUGGCUGGUGUUUUUAGAUCAAAUGCUGAAUCUACAGAAUCCCUGUGGGAUGCAGAAACUGGAAGAGAACGUCCAACAGGCAACAGUGUCUCUGGAAAACUUCCACAGCAUUUCCAGGAUUAUCCGUUUGGAUAACCAAGACACCAGACCAGCUCGGCAACAGAGAGACAAACUAGCCGCAAUUAGGUCAGUGUGGGACAAGUGGGCGGGGCGCCUUCCAUUGUUUUACAACCCUGGGCCCAAUGUCACUGUUGAUGAGCAACUUACAGUGUGCUAUUCAGGGGCCGCUACCCCUUCAGGCAAGUACAUACCAUCCAAACCUGCAAAAUAUGGAAUCAAGAUCUGGGAUGCAAUGUUGUCUUGCUACUUUUACUUAAGUAAAAGAUCUGAGUACCUCUUCCACCAUUGUAUGUAUGCAUAUGUUUAUGUGUAGCCUAUACAUGUAUGUGUGUGAGUUAG